AUGGACCGCCUGAAAAACACAGGGACCAACCUGAUCUACCGCGUGAAAUCGGCCAUGGAGGGUUACAGCCCCAGUGAGGAGGUGGUCCAUCUGCUGGGCAGGCGCUAUGAUCUGGGGCAGCCUGAGGAGAAGACGCGGUUCAUGGAAAGCUUCGGGAAUCGGGUGUGGAUUACGUACCGCAAAGAUCUGAGGCUGAAGGCGGAUGAGGAGGGCCUGCUGAAUAGUGACACCGGCUGGGGCUGCAUGAUCCGGGUCGGGCAGAUGGCCCUGGCCGAGGCCCUCCGGCGGUUUUUCGGGCUGGCCGAGAUAAAGGACCAUGAGCGGCUGAUAAACAUCAUCGGGGCCUUCGUAGACCACGACGAUGGUCGCAGCGAGCGAGGCGUGUACUCCAUCCAAAAGAUCGCAGAGAAGGCCAGGAAGCACUACCGCACCUGCCCAGGCGAGUGGUACUCCCCCUCGACCAUUUCCUUCAUCCUCAAGGAAAUCCACGACGAGCUGCCGAUCAAGAACGGCGAGGGCAUGGGGUUCGAAGUGUUCAACAACUCGAUGCUGUACGCGGACCAGCUUGUCCAGGCGAUGACUGGCCAGCAGGCCUGCGACUGCAGAGACAUCAUCUGCCACAGGUGUCUGAUGAAGGUGCCUGUCAAGCCUGUCUUUUUUAUAGUUCUCUGCAAGGUGGGCGUGCAGAAGCCUCUGCCCGACUGCGUGGAGGUGAUCUGCAGGCUGCUGGAGCAUCCCUGCAGUCUGGGCAUGAUCGGAGGCCGGCCUGGCAAGGCCCACUACUUUCUCGGCAAGACCCACGACAACCGGCUGUUCUUCCUCGAUCCCCAUUACGUCCAGAGCUCGACCUCCUUCAGCGAACUGCCAGAAAAGCUGCCCUCGUACUUCUGCGACCAGAUCCGCAGCAUCAGCUGUGGCAGCAUCAACCCCUCGAUCGGGCUGUGCUUUUACGUGGCAGAGCUGGAGCAACUGCAUUCGCUGAUGGAAACCUUUCGGACCUUGAAGGGAAAUAAGUUCCUGCAUUUUGCGAAGCAUACCGAUCCCUGCCUAAAGCGCCAGCGCGAGGAAGAAAGGCUCAAGCUCGAAAGCACCCGCCAGCAGGAGCUGCCGCAAAGACUGGACCAAAGCGCCCUCGCACCCAGCCUCCCCAUCUACUGCCCCUAA